GCUCGGGUCCAGGCUGCCUGGCGGGUGCAGCGCGCCACCCGCUCCACUUGCGUCACCCUGACCCCGUGGCCUUCACCCGGCCAGUCUUUGUACACUCGCACCCCGCCCUCACCGUAACCCCCCCCCGGCAGGGGUCCGGGGCGGCUCAGCCCUGGAGGCAGCAGGUGUCCCCGCUGCUCGCGGCUCCUCCCGGUCGGGCUGUGGCGACUGGGGCCUUUGGGGGUGCAGCAGUGGCUGAUGCUUACAGAGAAUUAGCUGGCGCUCCUCAAAGGGGCUCGUUGGCAGAGUCACUUCACCUCCCCAAAACGUGCUAGGCCCUGCGGGGCAGGGGGUGGGGGAUUGUUCCCAAAAGACGCUCCUUGGCAGACGCUGGGGUUGGCAUGAUCGCGUUUAUCUUGAAUCAGUACAAUUUACCCUCCUAGGAGGACGUGGUUUGUGCCUACGUGGAGCCCUCAGAGAUAAAACACCGCCCCAGGUACCAAGUGAGACAGAGGUUAAAGAAUAUCAAAAUAGGAAAGGUUAAAGAAAAUCAAAAUAGGAAAGGUGAAGGUUGAGGACAAUCAAAGUGACUCCACCUACUAUCCACCCUUUCCUCACUUGGCGAUUUCUAGAACUAUGAAUAGGCUUCCCUGGGUGGCAGGAGAAUGGGGCACUGCUUCUGUGAAGGCAAGCAGACUUCCCAUUCUACUUUGGAUGGGGGAGUGGUUUUGGACUCCAAAAGGAUGGGAAGAAAGGAUUCAUCUGCCGCAAGAAUUCCUGUUGAGCAAUACAGGAAACAAAUAGGAAAACAAGAUUACAAGAAAAGCAGGCCAGUGUUAAGAGCAACAAGAUUAAAAGCAGAGGCCAAGAAAACUGCACUGGGCAUAAAGGAAGUUGCCCUUGUCCUUGCAGCUAUACUGGUAUUUCUGUUGGCUUUCUACGCUUUCUUUUAUCUUAAUCUAUCAAGUGAAGUUGACCUUGAUCUGGAUCCAAAUGAAAACUAGCAGAUGCAAUGUAUCUAUCCUAUCAUCAGAUUCUCUUCUGGAAAAGCAACUACCUUGAACAACACUGCUUGGGAACAGCAUAAUGCAUAAUAAUACUAUGCAAUAUCUCAAUCACUCUUAAAAUUCAUAUUGCAGAAGAGGCAAAGAAGACUCAUGCAAUGCAAGCUGCUUAAGUUAAAGCAAAAGAUGUACUAUUGUGAAUUAAAUGAAUUGUUUACAUUAUUUGUUUCUCAGGCUGAGAACUCUGAUGCCAAAAGACAGUUUGGGUAGAUACUGACUUCUGGGUAGUCUGUCCUGACUUAAAUUCAUGAAUCCAUGAAUCCAAACUUCCCAGUAGUGAAAUUAGGUUUCUUUUUUUUAAAAUACAAAAGAAAAAACAAGUCCCCAAAUAAAAGUUGCUUUACUGAUUUGUAUCUCCAGGACAUCUGCACCACCCUCAGUCUUGCACUCUCUUGCUCUCGCUCUUCACACAUGCAGGAAGUCAUAUUUAAUUUCUCUUUUUAGAAACAGUCUCCCACUUCCUGUAGGGCCUAUUUUAUAUCCUAGAUUCUAUAUGCACAUGUAUCUACAGUAAUCUUUUUUCAAUCCUUGCCAACUGUUCAGUGCACAUGUGCUCUGUCAGAAAUGGCACCUGGAUGACAGAAGCUUGAACAUUAUUAACAUAUGCCUCUGAAACAGUGUUCCUUGCCUUUUGGGCUGUGGGAACUGGUAUAUGUAGAAAGUUCAGCCGAUGUUGAUUUUAAUUAGUAUACUGCUCUAUUAUUGAUAUAAAGAUGAAAUUCUAUUUUAAUUAUACUUUUCCUGCUAAUUGCAAUAGCAACUUGCUUCUCUCAUUGGGAGGGUGUGGUAAAAAAUUAGUGUUCCAGUUAUACUAUCUUUUUCCCAUCAAACUAAUGUAAGGGGUUGUACCAGCUAACAAAUCUUUUUCAUGCCUACUCCCCAAAACUGGAAGAGUCUUGACUCUUAAAUCUGUUAGAAACUCUGUUGGCAAAUUAACCCUAAUGUCUCUUAUAUAAUAGUCUUAUAACUAAGGGAUAAACCACUGAGUUCCCUUUGUUUAGUGACUGUUUUGGAAGUGUUCAAGUUAGACUUAGAUUUGACAUGAGGAUAUUGGAGGUAAAGAGAAACCAAAACAUAACUAAUAGUGUAGUAUAUAAGACUAUGUUUAUUUUAAAUUGACCCACAGCCCCAUUAUCACCACUGAAAACCUGGUUCAGGAAUUUAGAUCAAUAUGGUUAAUUUUUAGAUCAUACAGUAUUGAUGCCUAUAUACACUAUGAGUCUCUAAGGAUACACUUUUUAUUCGGUUUGUGUAAUACAGGACACCUCAUCUAGAAAUGCAGAAUACACCAGCAUCUCCAACAUAUGUAUGAAAAGGAAAUAUUAUACUUAUUUCUCAUUCUCUAAAUUGUGACUUUUUAAGUCACCAAAUCCCCAAAAUCAUACAUUCUUAGUACGUGUAGUCCAGUAAUAGUAUAUAUGCCACCAAAUGUGUAGCAACAUAUAGCACUUGGAGUGAAGCCUUUUAUGACAUGUGGCAAUCACAAGCUGGCAUUUUGGAUGUGACAUGCCUGUCACUUCACUGAGUGCCAUACCACGUCUCAAAAUGCUGCAGUCCUCUCUUUCAUUUUGCACGAGCAAUUUCCAUUUUCCACUAACUCACAGGAUGCUGUAAGGAUUAUGUAGCUAAUGGUUGUACAGCGCUUUGUAUGAGACAUGCAAUAGAAGUGCUAAGUAUGUUAUAUUGCCAUAUAUAUUGUGUUCCGAAACAGUUAAAUGAAAAGAAGAAUAUUUCUAACUUAAAAUAGUAACUUGAAGUUAUUAGAACAAGAACAUUUCCCAUAUUGUGUGAAUCACAAGUAAAAACCAAACUACAUCUGUGGAUGAAUGAAAUCUAUGUAUUGGUUUAUGGACCAGAAGACCCCUAGACUAGAAAGUAUCUCAAAUCUCCAUUAUGUUCUCAAGUGCUGCAUUUUACAUACGGCUAUUUUUCAUUCAGGUGACAGACAUAACUAAGUCACAUGUAACUAGAGAGUUGCCUAUUGCUUAGAAUAUCUGAGGAGAUUCAUGCCCAGUGCACAUGGGAAUACAUGGAGAAUAUU